AUGCCCCAAGCCCUCACAAGCAAGAAGCGCAGCGCGCCCGACAGCGGCUUCGAUGAAGGCGCGCCCGCGCGCGCCGCGCGGGCCGCGCCGCCGGCCAGCGGCAAGCUGCAGCAGCAGCAGCAGCAGCAGCAGGAGCAGCAGCAGGAGCAGGAGCAGGAGCAGGAGCAGGAGCAGGAGCAGGAGCAGGAGCAGGAGCAGCACCCACGGCAGCAGCCACAGCAGCAGCAGCAGCCACAGCAGCAGCAGCAGCCACAGCAGCGCCAGCAGCGCCUGCAGAAGCAGCGGCGACAACCGCAGCACCAGCAGCACGAGCGCCAGGAGGCGCCCGGCCUCACGUCCACUGGAGGCGACGAACAGGUGUUGAGUGGCACAGAGUCAGCGCGAGACGGCUCGCCGCCGCCGCCGCCGGCUCCGCACGCGCCAGCUCGGGCCGAUGCCAGCGAGUCCGGCGGCUGCGGCUCUGGCGGGCUGCCGCCGGGGCGGGACGGCCCAGCUCUGGCGGGGCCCUCCACUACAGAGCCCGCGCCGCGUGGUCCCCAAGCCGCCGAUGCCUUGGACCCUGGUCUCGAGGCCGCAGCCGCCCCCGUGCUCGCGACCAUGCCAGUGCCCGCGGUGGUGGCAGAGGCCCAAGGCAGCAGCGCUGCGCUGGACCCCACGCCGGCAGCCGCGUUUCAUGGUGGCCCGGCGUCCAACCAGCUGAAGCGCAGGGCGCCGGCCCGUGCCGUCGGCGCAGACGCAGCAGCUGAGAGCGCAGCAGAGCAGGCCGAGGAGGGGCGGGCCCAGGAGGGGCAAGCGCUCAUGGCGUCGGUGGAGCAGCUGCCGGUGAAGCGAAGCGUGCGCGCGUCUGCAGACACAGCAUCUGGCUGCGCCGCUGCGGGAGCCGCCGCCGAUGCAGGGGCUGCGGAGCGGCCACUAGGUGAAACCUGUGUUUCGCCGGCGAUCGCGGCCGCCGGCUGCUGCGCCCAGCCGCCAGCAGAACGCGCUGUGAGCGUCAGCGGCGGCACUGGCGGGGCCAGCGGCGCCAGCACGAGCGCCACGCGCGGCGGCGCCGGCGGCACGAGCCGCGAGGUGUUGAGCCCUCCCGCUGCCGCAGUCGACGCCGGCGCCAACACGGACGGUAACGCCGGCAACGCCGACGCCGACGCCGCCGCGCCCUGCAGCCCCUCCCACGGCGCUGGCGGCCGCAGCGGGGCGCAACGCUCUCCGUCGCCAAGCCGGCCGUCUUACCAUGAGCUCCUACGCCAGAAUGAGGAGCUGCGACGCGAACUGGAGCAGGCGCGCGCCGAGCGCCGCCGUGACGAGGCGCCCUGCACAGCGCUCGCCAGCGCGCCGGCAGCCGAGGCGACCGCGCAGCCGCAGGCCGACAGGCCCGGCGCGGCCGGCGCACUGGGGGCCGCGGCGCUCGACGCGUUUGACGCCUGGGUGGCCGACGCGGCGGGCGGCGCGCCGCCGCCGCCGGAGGACGCGCAGCAGCAGCCGCUGGAGUAUGCGAAGCUGCUGCUGUACGACGCGGUGUCCAAGGCGCUGCAGCGCGCGCUGGACGGGCUGGCGGCGUCAGAGGUGUUCCAGGACGGGCUCAGGGCUGUCGUGAAGUCCGAGUUCCAGCGGCAAGGCCCGCGGCUGGCCGACCCCGUCCUCUGGCGCGCCGCGAUGCGCGACGCGCUGCCCGCCGCGCUCGAGGCGGCCGCGCCGCGGCUGCUGCAGGAACUCGAGCGCGACCCAUCGGCGCUGCUCGCGGUGCUGUGGCCGCAUGCCGAGGGCGACCCGGAGGAGGAGAGGCAGGAGGCCCUCUUGCGCGCCUGCGUCUCGCGCAUCGCGCAGGACCGGGGCGUGUCGGAGGGGCUGGAGCAGGGGUUUGCGGCAGCUGAGGAGCAGCUGGUGGGGGCCAUGACGGCCUCGGUGGGCCAGCUGGCAGCCAGCGGCGCCCUUGAGCGCAGGAUUGAGGAGCGCGUCGACGCCCUGCUGCCCGCCGCCCUCGCCCGCUGGGCUGACGCGCCCGCCGGCGCGGCGCGCGUCGGCGCGGCGCUGGAGCGGGAGGCACGCGCCGCGCUCCUCGCACCGGCGCCGGUGCUCGUCGAUGCCGCCGAUGCCACCGAUGCCACCGAUGCCGCACCACCCUCCUUGCAGCCGCCGCUGUCGCUCCUGGCAUCCGAGCUGCGGGCGGCGCUGAUCCAGGACGACGCGCUCAAGGCCCUGUCCGCGCGCGCGGUCACGGACUGCCUGCUGCGCCCGAUGCUGCCGCCGGGCGCGCGUGUGGUGGUCCAGGCGCCAGGCGCACCCGUGGGCGCCGCCGACGGCGACGAUGCUGGCGGUGCGCUGUGA